GAUCGUGGGCGAAAAACGGCCACCGGUUCGGAGACUUCGGAGUUUCGGAGCGGAGCAUCAUCGGAGCUCGCAGCAGUGAGCAAAAUGGCGUUGUUGUGGACGGUGAUGUCGUUCGCGUUUUCGUUGCUACUGACACCUUUCCUCAUGCUGCUGCUGGCGAUCAUAUUCCUCGCGUCAAUCGGCAAGUCCCUCGGUGUCCGUAGGCUGUACAUCAAGCUGUUGUUGGCCCUCUUCGAGUAUGGUCGACAAAACAUAGAAAGUGUGAGGAAGAGAAACGGUACUCGGGAUCCAGAUGAAGAUCUUAUAGAAGAGGAGUCGCCAACGAUCACGGAGAAAGAUUCAACAGUAACGUCGCCUAAAAUGCAAAACGGAAAUGUGAGCAAUUCUGUGAUAGCCAGGUCGAAGGACUUAAUCUUGGUUCCCGAGCCAGAAAUGCAUAAUUACAAGAAUCAGAUUGACGAAUCGAGCCUCAAGAACAAUCAUGAAUCAUCAAUCAUUGACGACAAAGAGGAUACUCUCAAUCACAAAAAUCCCCUUGAAACGUUAAAAGCUGGAUUUGCGCCGGGAAGUUGUUUGGAUUACAUCAGAGCGGGCGUCGAGGCUAUUAUAGAAGACGAGGUGACUUCACGUUUUGAAGCUGAAGAACUUAAGAAUUGGAAUUUAUUAACUCGAACGAAUAGACAGUACGAGUUUAUAUCCUGGAAGUUAACUUUCAUAUGGAUGUUCGGAUUCGUCAUGCGCUACUGUUUCCUGCUACCCCUAAGGAUAUUUAUCUGUUUCAUAGGCGUACUAUAUCUCGUAGUCGUAACAUUUUUAAUCGGCUUUUUGCCGAAUGGCCGUAUAAAACGUUGGGCGAACAACCAGGGCUCCCUUAUUGCAUUCAGGAUUAUGUCCCGUUCUAUCUCGGGCAUGAUCACGAUCCACAAUCCAGAGUACAAACCUAAGAACGGAGGGAUGUGCGUGUCGAAUCAUACAACCACUCUCGACGUCUGCAUUUUAUCCACGCAAACGACAUUUUCUUUGAUAGGUCAGAGGCAUGGCGGUUUCUUAGGAAUAUUACAAAGAGCUCUUGCCCGUGCCUCUCCACAUAUAUGGUUUGAACGCUCUGAGGUCAAGGACAGAGAAGCAGUUGCGAAAAGGUUAAAGAAACACGUAUCAGAUCCGACAAACCCACCUAUACUCAUAUUUCCGGAGGGUACGUGUAUCAAUAAUACGUCAGUUAUGCAAUUCAAGAAAGGCAGUUUCGAAGUGGGCAGCGUUAUUUAUCCUGUGGCUAUAAAAUACGAUCCAAGAUUCGGAGACGCGUUUUGGAACAGCAGUCGAUAUUCGAUGUUACAAUAUUUAUAUAUGAUGAUGUCCAGCUGGGCUAUAGUCUGCGACGUGUGGUAUCUCCCUCCAAUGUACAUGAAGGAAGGAGAGAGUGCCAUCGAUUUUGCGAAUCGAGUGAAAUCUGUAAUAGCGCGGCAAGGUGGUCUUGUCGAUCUACAAUGGGAUGGCCAACUGAAGAGGAUGAAGCCGAAAAAGGAAUGGAGGGAAAAGCAGCAAGAAGAAUUCAGUAAACGAUUGAAAGCCGAAUAAAUAGUAAUAUCAUUUCUAGUCAUGACUUCAUAAUAUGCAUCUUGCGUGAUAUUUGUUUGUUUAAACAAAAUCAUUUCAUUCAAUUGGCCCUUCUGUCACAUAUUGUUUCCGUAUAUAUCAUAAAGGAAAAAUCUAUGUGUCCCAUUAGUCUGCAUUAUUAAAUUUUAGAUGUAAAUAUUUUCGCAAAUAUGACAGUUUGCACUUUUUUGACAAAUUUCUACAUAUGAGUAAUUGGCACUCUGCGAGGUAACAUAAUAUUGUACAUUUGCAAUUAUACAAAUUCUUAAUGUCAUUUUUAAAUUUAUAUGCCGAAUGGCUUAUGCCUUGAGAGAGUUUUCAUUUAAAGUGCAAAUAUAAUAUUUGCUAGUUUUUAAUAGAAAGUUCGAUGAUU